ACCUGGGAGGAGGAUGGUGACUCUGCAUGUCCUCCACCUGGUUUGAAUCUCGUAGGAAAGAUUCCAGAGUUUUUAUUCCAAGAAAAUUUCCAACAGCUGCCAGGAAAAGAAGCAGAUGUUACCUAAUGACAGAACCAUUUCAAGAUUACAAGCUACAUGCCUCCCAGCCCUGACCUGGAUGAUACAGAUCAGGUGGUGACUGAAUAGACUGCCCCAGUCCUGAGUCCAUGAUGUACACACCAGUUGAAUUGUCAGAAGCUGAAUAUCCACGAGUUGAUUAUCAAAGAAGACAGCAAUUUUGGGACCCUAUAAGGCUUGCACUUUUUACCUUAGCAAUCGUAGCAGUCAUAGGAAUUGCCAUUGGCAUUGUUACUCAUUUUGUCGUUGAGGAUGAUAAAUCGUUCUAUUACCUUGCCUCCUUUAAAGUCACAAACAUCAGAUACAAAGAAAAUUAUGGAAUGAAGUCCUCAAGAGAGUUUAUAGAAAAAAGUCAUCAGAUUGAAAGAAUGAUGUCAAGGAUAUUUCGACGUUCUGGAGGAGGUCGAUUUAUAAAAUCUCAUGUUAUCAAAUUAAGUCCGAAUGAAGACGGUGUGAACAUUUUCAUGGUGCUGAUGUUUCGAUACCCGUCCACUGAUAGCGUUGAACGAAUCAAGAAGAGAAUUGAAAGGAUUUUAUACCAAAGUCUGAAGAUCAGGCCAUUGCCUUUGACUAUAAGCAAGCCAUCAUUUAGACUCACACCUAUUGACAGCAGAAAGAUGAGGAAUCUUCUCAACAGUCGCUGUGGAAUAAGAAUGACACCUUCAAACAUGCCAUUACCAGCAUCAUCCUCUACUGAGAGGAUUGUUCAGGGAAGGGAAACGGCUACAGAUGGGGAGUGGCCGUGGCAGGCCAGCCUGCAGCUCAUCGGGUCAGGCCACCAGUGUGGAGCCAGCCUCAUCAGCAACACGUGGCUGCUCACAGCCGCCCACUGCUUCCGGAAGAAUAAAGACCCAAGUCAAUGGAUUGCUACUUUUGGUACAACUAUAACACCACCUGCAGUAAAACGAAGAGUGGGGAAAAUUAUAGUUCAUGAAAAUUACCAUAGAGAUACAAAUGAUAAUGACAUUGCUUUGGCUCAGCUCGCCACCCGAGUUGAAUUUUCAAAUGUAGUCCAGAGAGUUUGCCUUCCAGAUUCAUCUAUAAAGUUGCCACCAAAAACAAGUGUAUUCGUCACAGGAUUUGGGUCCAUUGUAGAUGAUGGACCUACACAAAAUACACUUCGGCAAGCCAGGAUAGAGACCAUAGGCACUGAUGUGUGCAAUAGAACGGAUGUAUACGAUGGUCUGAUAACUCCAGGGAUGUUGUGUGCUGGCUUCAUGGAAGGAAAAGUAGAUGCAUGUAAGGGUGAUUCUGGCGGACCUCUGGUUUACGACAACCAUGACAUCUGGUAUAUUGUUGGCAUAGUAAGUUGGGGACAAUCGUGCGCUCUUCCCAAAAGGCCUGGGGUCUACACAAGAGUGUCUAAGUAUCGAAAAUGGAUUGCUUCAAAGACUGGUAUCUAG